AUGGCCCCAGCAGUGGUCGCCGACAUCGACGUUCUCCCCAACGACCCGGCCCCUGAGGCUGCCCCUGCCUCAGCCAGAGCAACCACCACUCCUGCUCUCUUUUCACUUGCAAGUAAGACUGUUGUCAUCACCGGUGGUGGCCGUGGCCUGGGCCUCACCCUCGCUCUCGCGGUAGUCGAGGCCGGCGGUAGCGUGGCAUGCCUCGACAUUCUCGAUGCCCCUGCCGCAAGCGAGUGGGCGAGUCUCCAGAAACUCGCCAUCGCCAACGGCCUCCAUGUCACAUACCACAAAUGCGAUGUGACCAACGAACAAGAGGUCGCUGAGGUGAUCAAGGCCGUCGCCGCUGCUGGGGAUGCGCGGGGCUCACUCUUCUGGGGUUGCAUCGCCUGCGCAGGCAUCCAGCAGCAGCUCCCCGCUUUGGAAUAUCCUGCUGCCGAUUUUGACAGAAUCCUGCGGGUCAACGUGACUGGAGUCUUCAACACCUGCAAGUACACCGCCAGGGCGCUCAAGGAGAGCCGCCGGCCAGGCAGUAUUGUUAUCAUUUCCAGCAUGUCUGGUAAUAUCGCGAACCGAGGUCUCAGCUGCACUGCAUACAACUCAAGCAAGGCUGCGGUCCAGCAGAUGUGCCGCUCUGUUGCUCAGGAAUGGGGCCAAUACGGCAUCCGUGUAAACACCUUGUCUCCUGGUUAUAUUCGGACGGCGAUGACGGAUCAACUGCUCGUUGAGAAUCCCGAGGUGGAAAAGAUAUGGAUGGCCGGAGCGCUUCUUGGCCGACUGGGUGUUCCCGAGGACUUCAAGGCGCCCGCUGUAUUUCUUCUCUCAGAGGGUGCCUCAUUUGUGCAUGGCGCGGACCUGAGGGUUGACGGAGGACACUGUGCCUCUGCAUAA